AUGGCCCGGGAGCUCUACAUCUUGACAAACAACCUGGCCCACUUCAAGUGCUGUUUUCACAGGCUCUCUCGGCUUGUCGCGGCUCUGUCACCUGUUGAUAGAAAGGACAGCGCCAAGGUCAGUGAUCAGAUCGACCAAUCAUUCGACAUUCUCUCGCGUAUCAUGCUGCACGCUCGUUGUUAUGGCACUCAUGGCAAGGGAACAUCGGAAAGGCUUAUGCUAAAAACAGCCGAUUUCUAA